AUGCAUAGUCUUUUCUUUGAUAUUGAUGUCAUCAAGUGUUACGUCCAAUUUUUGCUCCUUCCCGUUAUUGAAGUACAGUAUGUCGAUCUAUUUGCAAUUCACGAACCCAAAUUAACAACAGAACCAAACUCCAAAGUUAGUCGACCAAAAUAUCGUUCUAACAACAAUAAUUAUAAUAAUUACAAUUACCUUCAAUUUUAUAGUUUCCUGGAGCAAAAACUCCAAAUUACCAAUCAAGACAAACAGAAACCAAAAUGUCCAAAAAUAAUAAAUCAAACAAGUUCACAAGUUAAUCCGGUUUUAAAUUGUGAGAGGGAUUUUAUCAUAAACUCCCACUAUAGAAUUUAA